CGGCGGCGAGAGCUCCCCGCGCAAGGCGGUGGCUGCUCGGCUGGCGGCGAAAUGGCCGGCGACGCCGUUGCUGCUGGAGGCCAGUGAAUUCAUUGCAGAAGAAAGCAAUGAGCAAUUCUGGCAGUUUUUGGAAACAGUGAAAGAAUUAGCAGUAUACAAAAAAGGAGCUUCAGAUCAUUCUUAUUACAACUUAAUCUUGAAGAAAGCUGGGCAGUUCCUCACAAAUAUGCAGAUUAACCUUUUGAAAUUUUCACUUUCCUUACGAGCGUAUUCCCCAACUGUUCAGAUGUUUCAGCAGAUUGCAGCUGAUGAGCCUUCCCCGAAAGGUUGCAGCGCAUUUGUGGUUAUCCAUGGGAAGAGCACCUGCAAGGCUGAUGAAAUUAAGAAGCUUCUGAAGAAGGCCGCUGAAAGGCCCAAGCCAUAUCUGUUCAAAGGCGAUCAUAAAUUUCCCACGCUCAAUGAAACUGUCCCAGUAGUGAUCCUUUAUGCUGAAAUGGGUACAAAAGACUUCGCCACAUUUCAUGAAGUUUUGUCUGAAAAAGCACGAAAGGAGGAGAUAGUUUACAUUCUCCGACAUUUUGUCCAGAAACCCAUCUCCAAGAAGAUGUAUUUGUCUGGAUAUGGUGUGGAACUUGCAAUAAAGAGUACAGAGUACAAAGCGGUGGAUGACUUUCAGGCAGAAGCUAAAAGAAAUACAACGGAGGAAGAUGUUGAUGAGGAAAGUGAGGUCCAAGGAUUUCUCUUUGACACAUUAAAGCAGAACUAUCCAGACCUCAGGGACAAUCUGACAGAGCUGAGAAAAUACCUCAUUGAAAGUUCUGAUGAUACAGAGCCUUUGAAGGUGUGGGAAUUACAAGAUCUUAGCUUUCAGGCAGCAUCUCGAAUUCUCUCUGUCCCUGUUUACAGUGCAGUAAAGGUCAUGAAAGACAUCGCACAAAACUUCCCAGUAAAAGCCAGAUCCCUAACCAAAGUGCUAGUAAACCAACAAAUGCGAAAAGAAAUAGAAGACAAUCAAAAGCAUCUGCAUAAAACUCUUGAACUUCAGCCAGGGGAAGCACGUCUGUUUCUAAAUGGCCUUCCUAUAGACUUGGAAUUUCAUGAUCCAUUUAGUAUUUUAGACACUCUGAGGCUGGAAGGGAAAGCGAUGCAUGGACUUCACUCCCUUGGAAUUAAGGAAGAUGUUCUUAGCAAAUUCAUGAGACUGGCAGUCCAUUCUGAGGAUGAAGCUUAUGCAUUAGACAUCCGUCACUCAUCAAUAGUAUGGAUCAACAACAUCGAAAAAGAUCAGAUGUAUGACAAGUGGCCCUCGAGUUUUCAGGAACUUCUUAAACCAGCAUAUGCAGGAAUGAUGCGGCAGAUCCGACGAAAUUUAUAUAAUUUGGUUCUCUUUAUUGAUCCUACUCAGGAAGAAGCAGUACACUUCAUUAAACUUGUUGAAGUUAUCUACAGUCAAAAAGUACCUAUUAGAAUUGGAUUUGUUUUCGUCGUAAAUACGGAUGAAGUGGUUGAUGGAAAUCAGGAUGCGGGAGUAGCUUUAUGGAGGGCCUUUAACUUCGUUGCAGAGGAAAUGGAUAUCCCUGAAGCUUUUGGCUCCAUAAUACAUAUGUACCGUGAAGUGAAAGAUGGAGGCGUACUUUCUGUGUCGCAUGUGAAACGUGUUCUUCGCAGUGCAUUUCCUCAUGCUGACAUGCAGGAUAUCCUGGGCAUUCACUCCUACUAUGAUGAGAGGAGAAAGGCAGGAGCCGCGUUUUAUAAGAAGACUCGCCUGGGCCCGUUGCCUCAAGCUCUCUUUAAUGGAGUGCCCUUUAACAAAAAAGAGAUGAACAUUGGGGAGUUGGGGACCUCUCUGCUAAAGAUCAUGGAAGCCACAGAGUCCUUUCAGAGGGCAGUGUUCAUGGGCUUGUUGAAUGAUCACAAGGAUGCAGUAGACUUCAUCAUGGAGCAACAGAAUGUCGUUUCACAUAUACACGACAAAAUUCUUGACACUGAAAGAAGAUACCUGAACUUUGCAUCACCAUCAGUUCCUAUAGAUACGAAGGAUCUCUCGACCUUUUCCUUUCUGGACUCCCAAGAUAAGGCCUUUGUUAUGUCAGAAAACAUGAAGUAUGUGACAAAGAAAGAUGAUAAUGUGAUAUAUCCAGUUACCAUAUGGAUUGUGGCCGAUUUUGAUAAGCCAGAUGGGAGGCAAUUGCUUUCCAAUGCACUGAAACACCUGAAAACCAGCAGUCACAUUCAACUUGGGGUCGUGCACAAUCCUGCUGCAAAAAUUACGGAAGAUGGCACUGUCAUGGCAAGGGCCAUCUCGGCAGCGUUUUUAACACAGAAAAAUGCGAGCUUGAAAACCUUUCUUGCUCACAUUCUUAAGGAGGAGAUAGCACAGAGUCUUGCUACGGGAACUAAGAUCAAGAAGUUUCUCCUUCCGGGUAUGAAUGGCGAUGCUUUUGAGAAGAAAUAUAACACCAUGGGCACAGAGCUCAUUAAGGUUCACCAGAUGUUUUGCCAAGAGGUUCUUAAGCUACUUCCUGGGCAAAUGGCUACAGUUAGUAAUGGCCGGAUAAUAGGCCCUAUAGAAGCAAAUGAAUUCAGUGUAGAAGAUUUUGAUUUGCUGGAGAAGGUCACACUGACGACAGCGACGGCGAAGAUUAAAAUUCUUGUCAAGGAAAUGGCUUUGGGCAGUAAAAGGGGGAGUAAUUUAGUCAUGAAAGUGAAUGCGCUGCUUUCUUCAUUGCCAAAAAUGGAUACCCGCCAUGAUAUUGAAUUUCUUGACGACCAGCACAGUGUCCUAAAGGUAGAUCCUCAGCAAAGUGAGCCCUUCUUUGACAUUGUUGGCAUUGUCGAUCCACUGACAAGAGAAGCUCAGCAGUUGUCACAUUUACUGUUUGUGCUUGGUCAGAUUGUCAACAUGAGGGUGAGGCUUUUCAUGAACUGUAGAUCCAAGCUGUCAGAAUUACCUCUGAAAAGUUUUUACCGUUUUGUUCUGGAGCCAGAACUCACCAUUGGGACCAACAAUAUCUUUCCGUAUCCGCCUGGGGCCACCUUCUUUGAAAUGCCAGAAUCCCCUCUUCUGACACUAAACAUGAUCACUCCAGAAAGCUGGUUGGUUGAAGCGGUGAACAGCUCUUAUGACCUUGAUAACAUUCAUUUGAAAGAAGUAGACGGUGUUGUUUCAGCAGAGUAUGAAUUGGAGUAUUUGUUGCUUGAAGGGCGUUGUUUUGAUGUGUCCAAUCGACAGCCAACUUAUGGACUGCAGUUCACUCUGGGAACACGGAAUAACCCUGUUAAAGUCGAUACCAUUGUGAUGGCUAACCUGGGUUAUUUCCAGUUAAAAGCAAACCCUGGUGCUUGGAUUUUGAGACUUCGUGAAGGAAGAUCUGAAGAGAUCUACGAAAUAUUUAAGCACGAAGGGACUGAUUCUUCUGGAGUUUCAGAAGAGGUUAUUGUGGUAUUAAACAGUUUCAAGAGCAAAAUCAUUGAAGUCCAGGUUCAGAAGAAACCUGAUGAAAUUAAUGAAAACCUCCUGAAUGACCAAGAAGACGACGAGGGUUCCAUGAUAAGUUUUUCAGGAGCAACUCAGACAACAGAAAAGGGGAAGAAAAUGGAUAUAUUAAACAUAUUUUCUGUUGCUUCUGGCCAUUUAUAUGAACGCUUUUUAAGAAUUAUGAUGCUCUCUGUUCUGCGGCACACCAAGACACCAGUUAAAUUUUGGUUUCUGAAAAAUUAUCUGUCGCCUACAUUUAAAGAAGUGAUCCCUCAAAUGGCGGAAGAAUAUGGAUUCCAGUAUGAACUUGUGCAGUACAAAUGGCCCCAGUGGCUUCAUCAACAGACAGAAAAGCAAAGAAUUAUAUGGGGCUACAAAAUUCUCUUCCUGGAUGUCCUCUUCCCCUUGGCUGUCGACAAAAUAAUUUUUGUUGAUGCAGACCAGAUCGUUAGAAGUGACCUGAAAGAACUCAGAGAUACAGAUCUGAAAGGAGCACCAUAUGGAUAUACCCCCUUCUGUGACAGUCGCAAAGAAAUGGAUGGUUACCGUUUCUGGAAGUCUGGCUACUGGGCUUCACACCUCGGGAAACGAAAGUACCACAUCAGUGCUUUAUACGUUGUGGAUCUGAAGAGGUUCCGGAAGAUCGCUGCAGGAGACAGGCUGAGAGGGCAGUAUCAAGCUCUCAGUAAAGAUCCAAACAGUCUUUCCAACCUAGAUCAGGACCUCCCAAACAACAUGAUUCAUCAGGUGGCCAUCAAAUCCCUUCCGCAAGAGUGGCUGUGGUGUGAAACGUGGUGCAGCGAUGAAUCCAAGCACAAAGCUAAAACCAUUGACCUGUGUAACAAUCCAAAAACCAAAGAACCAAAACUUGAAGCUGCGAUCAGGAUAGUUCCUGAAUGGACAGAAUAUGACUCCGAAAUACAGAAGCUAAUAAAUCGAAUCCGAAAGAAGAGGAAAAAUGCAGGCCGGUCCCAUAAAAACGGUUCUGAACAUGAUGAACUUUAGCACUGCUUGGACGUAGCUGCCGUAGCAUUUCUCUGCUGCCGGCCAUAGACUGGGUGGAAGCGCUCGCUUUCAUGGAUGUAAAUACUACGGAGACACGCUGUACCUUUGAAGAUCCUUGAAUGUGCAAUCAGUGGGGAGAGUGGAAAGGAAGCCCAGCCAAGAGCUGACUGUAUAGCUUGUUCUUCAGUCCAGCGGGUUUCCAUAUUGGUUGCUGAAGUUAGUUUGAAUUUAUGGUGCUAUUUUCCCUAGGCACCCACUGCUCUUACCUCACACAACACAAUUUGUUGAAAAUAUCAUGCAGUUCACGAGCGUGUAUACAUUUGCGAGUGAUCAUCUAGGCGUCUAGCACAAACCCACGCAAUACUUACUUAAGCGUUUCUACCCUGUCUUUUUGCAGAAGUUUCCAAGAAGGCUGACUUGAGCCGUUACUUGAA